CUGCUCGGCGCCCGCGGGACGUGCCCAGAGCGCGCGCUGGAGCGGCGCGAGGAGGAGGCGAACGUGGUGCUCACCGGCACGGUGGAGGAGAUCCUCAACGUGGACCCGGUGCAGCUCACGUACUCUUGCAAGGUUCGAGUCUGGCGGUACUUAAAGGGCAAAGAUGUGGUGGCCCAGGAGAACCUGAUGGAUGGCGGCAACAAGGUGGUGAUCAGUGGCUUUGGAGACCCCCUCAUCUGUGACAACCAGGUGUCCACUGGGGACACCAGGAUCUUCUUUGUGAACCCAGCUCCCCCCUAUCUGUGGCCAGCCCACAAGAAUGAGCUCAUGCUCAAUUCCAGCCUCAUGCGGAUUACUCUGCGGAACCUGGAAGAGGUGGAGUUCUGUGUAGAAGACAAACUUGGGACCCACUUCACGCCAGCCCCUCUGAUGCCUCCUGAUGCGUGCAGGGGAGUGCUGUGUGGCUUUGGGGCCGUGUGUGAGCCUAGCAUAGAAGAUCCAGGCCGGGCCUCCUGCGUGUGCAAGAAGAGUGCCUGCCCAGCUGUGGUGGCACCUGUGUGUGGUUCAGACGCUUCCACCUACAGCAGCGAGUGUGAGCUACAGCGUGCACAGUGCGUCCUGCAAAGGCGUAUCCGUCUGCUUCGCCGUGGGCCCUGUGGGUCCAGGGACCCCUGCAUCAAUGUGACCUGCAGCUUCGGCAGUACCUGUGCCCGCUCACCUGAUGGGCAGACAGCCACAUGCCUGUGCCCAGUGACCUGCCACGGGGCCCCAGAGGGCACUGUGUGUGGCAGUGAUGGCGCCAAUUACCCUGGUGAGUGCCAGCUGCUGCGCCACGCUUGUACACGCCAGGAAAACAUCUCCAAGAAGUUUGACGGCCCCUGUGACCCGUGCCAGGGAGCCCUCGCUGACUUGAGCUACAUCUGUCGUGUCAACCCACGCACACGGCGCCCAGAGAUGCUUCUGCGGCCAGACAGCUGCCCUUCCCGGCGCUCCCCUGUGUGCGGGGAUGACGGGGUCACUUAUGAGAAUGACUGCAUCAUGGGCCGUGCGGGGGCCGUCCGCGGCCUGCUCCUCCAGAAAGUGCGCUCUGGCCAGUGUCAGCCUCGAGAUCAGUGCCCUGAGGCUUGCCAGUUCAAUGCCGUGUGCCUGUCUCGCCGUGGCCGUCCCCGCUGCUCCUGUGACCGUGUCACCUGUGAUGGGGCCUACAAGCCCGUGUGCGCCCAGGACGGGCACACAUAUGACAGUGAUUGUUGGCGCCAGCAGGCUGAGUGUCGGCAGCAGCGUGCUAUACCCCCCAAGCACCAGGGCCUGUGUGCCCAGGCCCCAUCUCCGUGCCAUGAGGUGCAGUGUGCGUUCGGGGCGACAUGUGCUGUAAAGAAUGGGAAAGCUGUAUGUGAGUGCCAACAGGUGUGCACAGGCAUCUAUGACCCCGUGUGUGGCAGUGAUGGCAUCACGUAUGGCAGCGUGUGCGAGCUGGAGGCCAUGGCCUGUGCCCUGGCGCAGGAGAUCCGGGUGGCCCGCCGAGGACCCUGUGACCAGUGUGGGCAGUGCCGUUUUGGAGCCCUGUGUGAGGCUGAGACCGGGCGCUGUGUGUGCCCCUCUGAGUGUGUGGCCUCAGCCCAGCCUGUGUGUGGUUCUGAUGGAUACACAUAUGCCAACGAAUGUGAGCUACAUGUCCACGCCUGUACUCAGCAGAUCAACCUGCAUGUGGUCUCGGCUGGACCCUGCCAGACGUGUGGGGACACAGUGUGUGCCUUUGGGGCAGUGUGCUCAGCUGGGAAGUGUGUGUGUCCUCGCUGUGAGCACCCCCCACCAGGCCCUGUGUGCGGCAGCGAUGGUGUCACCUACCCCAGUGCAUGUGAGCUGCUGGAAGCUGCCUGCCGGCAGCAGAUACAAAUCAAGGAGGCCCGGGCAGGGCCCUGUGAGCAAGCUGAAUGCGGCUCAGGAGGCUCUGGCUCUGGGGAGGAAAGCGAGUGUGAGCGCGACCUGUGCCAGCAGCGUGGUGGCAUCUGGGAUGAGGACUCAGAGGAUGGGCCAUGUGUCUGUGACUUCAGCUGCCAGAGUGUCCUGAGGAGCCCAGUGUGCGGCUCAGAUGGAGUUACCUAUGGCACUGAGUGUGACCUGAAGAAAGCUAGGUGUGAAUCACAACGAGAACUGUAUGUCGCAGCUCAGGGAGCCUGCCGCAGUCCCACGUUGGCACCGCUGCCACCUGUUGUUCUCCCACACUGUGCCCAGACCCCCUAUGGCUGCUGCCAGGAUAAUGUCACUGCUGCUCGGGGUGUGGGCCUGGCUGGCUGCCCCAGCACCUGCCAGUGCAACCCACAUGGCUCCUACAGUGGCACCUGUGACCCAGCCACAGGGCAGUGUUCCUGCCGACCAGGCGUGGGGGGCCUGAAGUGUGACCGCUGUGAGCCUGGCUUCUGGAACUUCCGUGGCAUUGUAACUGACAACCUGAGUGGCUGCACUCCCUGCAGCUGUGACCCCCGGGGUGCUGUACGGGACGACUGUGAGCAGAUGACUGGACUGUGCUCCUGCAAGCCAGGCGUGGCUGGGCCCAAGUGUGGGCAGUGUCCAGAUGGACAAGUCCUGGGCCCUGGUGGUUGUGAAGCAGGCUCCUUGGUCCCCAAGACCUGUGUGGAGAUGCACUGUGAGUUUGGAGCCUCCUGCAUGGAGGAAGCUGGUUCUGCCCGCUGUGUCUGUCCAGCCCUCACAUGCCCAGAGGCCAAUGCCACUAAGGUCUGUGGGUCAGAUGGCAUCACAUACGGCAACGAGUGCCAGCUGAAGACCAUCGCCUGCCGCCAGGGCCUGAACAUCUCCACCCAGAGUCUUGGCCCAUGCCAGGACACCAUUGCUCUUGGCACACACCCGAUGUCUGCCUCUGUGACCCCCCUGGAGCAUGUUCUGAGUGAGGCACUGCCGUCCCCCCCCAGUGCCCUUCCCCUGGUACCCAGCAGCGUCCCCCACAGCCAGGCUACUCCUCCACCGUCAUCACAACUUCGGACAACAUCUAGCUUCCCCAGGCCCACGGCAAGACCUGUGCUAACCGUGCCUCCCAUGACAGCCUCCACGGCCACGAGCCUCGCCACAUUGGCCUUCGGUGAAUCGGGCAGCGCCGACGGGAGUGCUGACGAGGAGCUCAGCGGGGACCAGGAGGCCAGUGGGGGAGGCUCUGGGGGACUUGAGCUCCCCAUGGGCAGCAGCAUGGUGACCCCUGGGGCACCCAUUGAGAGGGCUUCCUGCUACAACUCCCCUUUGGGCUGCUGUUCAGAUGGCAAGACCCCCUCGCUGGAUGCCGAGAGCUCCAACUGCCCUGCCACCAAGGCGUUCCAGGGCGUGUUGGAGCUGGAGGGGGUCGAGGGGCAGGAGUUGUUCUACACGCCCGAGAUGGCUGACCCAAAGUCGGAGCUGUUUGGGGAAACUGCCCGGAGCAUCGAGAGCUCACUGGAUGACCUGUUCCGAAACUCAGAUGUCAAGAAGGACUUCCGGAGUGUUCGCCUGCGGGACCUGGGGCCUGGCAGAUUGGUCCGAGCGAUUGUAGAUGUGCACUUUGACCCCACCACAGCCUUCAGGGCUCCCGAUGUGGGCCGGGCCCUCCUCCGGCAGAUCCAGGCAUCCAGGCGCCGGGCCCUGGUGGUGAGGAGGCCUCUGCAGGAACACAUACGAUUCAUGGACUUCGACUGGUUUCCAGCCUUCUUCACCGGAGCCGCCACGGGAGCCACGGCUGCAGUGGCCACGGCCAGAGCCACCACUGCAGGACAACCACGCUCCUCUGCUGUAACCCCUCGGGCCUACCCCAGUCACACCAGCCGACCUACUGGCAAGACCACAGCACCCCCCACCACACACCGACCACCCACCACGGCCCCCAGCCGCAUGGCAGGACAUUGGCCCAUUCCCCCAGUGCCCCAGCAGCCUCUGAGGCCCUGUGCCUCCCAGCCCUGCCUCCACGGGGGCACCUGCCAGGACCAGGACUCUGGCCAAAGCUUCACUUGCAGCUGCCCAGUGGGCAGGGGUGGUACCAUCUGCGAGGAGGUGCUGCGCCCCUCCGUGCCUGCCUUCAAGGGCCAAUCCUUCCUGGCCUUUCCCACCCUCCGCGCCUACCACACACUGCGCCUGGCACUGGAAUUCCGGACUCUGGAGCUGCAGGGGCUGCUGCUCUACAAUGGCAACAAUCACGGCAAAGACUUCCUGGCACUGACUCUACAGGGUGGGCGGGUGCAGCUCAGGUUUGACACAGGUUCUGGGCCAGCAGUGCUGACCAGCUCUAUGCCUGUGGAGCUGGGCCGGUGGCACCGCCUAGAACUGUCAAGACAUUGGCGCCAGGGCACACUCUCUGUGGAUGGUGAGAGCCCUGUCGUGGGCGAGAGCCCCAGUGGCACAGACGGCCUUAACCUGGACACAGACCUUUUCGUGGGUGGCGUCCCAGAGGACCAGGCUGCUGUGGUGCUGGAGCGGACCUCUGUUGGGGUUGGCCUGAGGGGCUGCAUCCGCUUGCUGGACAUCAACAACCAGCGGAUGGAGCUGGGCAGCUGGCAGGGAGCUGUGGCUCAGAGCUCUGGUGUGAGCGAGUGUGGGGAUGACCCCUGCAUGCCCAACCCCUGUAGCAGUGGAGUGCCAUGCCAGGCGCUCGAAGCUGGCAUGUUCCACUGUCAGUGCCCACCUGGCCGUUUUGGUCCGACCUGUGUCAGCAAGAAGAACCCCUGCCAGCCAAAUCCCUGCCAUGGAGCAGCUCCUUGCCAUGUACUACCUGAGGGAGGCCCUAAGUGCGAGUGCCCUCUUGGGCGUGGAGGUCCCCUGUGCCAGAUAGUGUCGGAGGGGGAACAUGGCUCCCAGCCCUUCCUGGCUGAUUUCAGUGGCUUCUCUUACCUGGAGCUGAAGGGCCUGCACACCUUUGAACGAGACGUAGGGGAGAAGAUGGUGCUGGAGGUUGUGUUCCUAGCCCGUGGCCCCAGUGGCUUGCUCCUCUACAAUGGACAGAAGACAGAUGGCAGGGGGGACUUUGUGUCACUGGCCCUGCGUGACUGGCAUCUAGAAUUCCGUUACGAUCUGGGCAAGGGGGCUGCAGUCAUCAGGAGCAAGGAGCCAGUAGCCAUAGGCAUCUGGACAAAGGUCUCACUGGAGCGAAACGGCCGCAAGGGUGCAAUGCGUGUGGGUGAUGGGCCCCGUGUGCUGGGGGAGUCCCCGGUGCCACACACCGUGCUCAACCUGAAGGAGCCACUGUAUGUGGGGGGCGCCCCUGAUUUCAGCAAGUUGGCCCGGGCAGCUGUAGUGUCCUCUGGCUUUGACGGUGCCAUCCAGCUGGUCUCCCUGGGAGGCCGCCAGUUGCUGACCCGGGAGCAUGUGCUGCGGGCAGUGGGCAUCUCACCCUUUGCAGACCAUCCUUGCAUGCAAGCCUUGGGCCACCCCUGUCUCAAUGGAGCCUCAUGUCUCCCACGGGAAGCUUCCUACGAGUGCCUGUGUCCCACAGGCUUCUCAGGGCCGCACUGUGAGAAAGGGCUGGUUGAGAAGUCAGCGGGGGACCUGGACACACUGGCCUUUGAUGGGCAGACCUACAUCGAGUACCUCAAUGCUGUGAGGGAGAGCGAGAAGGCACUGCAGAGCAACCACUUUGAACUGAGCCUGCGCACCGAGGCCACUCAGGGGCUGGUGCUGUGGAGUGGCAAGGCCACGGAGCGUGCAGACUACGUGGCGCUAGCCAUUGUGGACGGGCACCUGCAGCUGAGCUAUGACCUGGGCUCCCAGCCGGUGGUACUGCGCUCCACUGUGAGGGUCAACACCAAUCGCUGGCUGCGGGUCCGGGCUCACAGGGAGCAGAGGGAAGGGUCUCUUCAGGUGGGCAAUGAAGCCCCUGUGACUGGCUCCUCCCCACUGGGCUCCACACAGCUGGACACAGAUGGAGCCCUGUGGCUCGGGGGCCUGCAGAAGCUGCCCAUGGGCCAGGCCCUGCCCAAGGCCUAUAGCACAGGCUUCGUGGGCUGCCUACGGGACGUGGUGGUGAGCGGGCACCCACUGCACCUACUGGAAGAUGCAGUCACCAAGCCAGAGCUGCGGCCCUGCCCUGCCCCGUGACCAGCAACCAAGACCCACCCACCCUGCUGUAAUUAUUUUCUAUUUUUGUAAACUUGUUGCUCUUCGAUAUGAUUUCCUUGCCAGUGUGUUGGCCAGAGGGACUGCUGGCCUGGCCUUCUUCCUGUCCAGGUAGCUGUGCUGCAGAGACAUGUGGUGCCAGAGACUCGCAGGGUCCAUACGCAGCCUCAGGACCAGCCUCUCUGCCUCAGGGCAGCACAAGCAGCCCCUUGCACUGUGUGUCCCCAGUGUGUCCACCUCUGUUGGUCCCUUGUAUUCCUGCUUCCCAUGUCACCAUGUUCUGCUGGAUAAGGUCCAUGUCCCAGAGUGGGGGAGCUGCAGGCUUCAGUGGGGCCUUCCUCCGAGCAAGCCCCAGGGCCUCCUGGUUCCCACUUACACUCCUCUUGCUGUGGGCGAGCCUCGCCUGGGCUAGCCAGGACCCUAGGCCCCUCUGCCAAUACUGUGACCUAGAAAUAAUGUUACUUUUGGGCCCAUGUCCUAUACCCCAAGUGUGUCUGCUAACUCCCAGGUGCUAGGGGACAAAGGCCAGGGCCAGGCCCACCUAGGGCACCUCACUGGCCCUGCCCAUCCACCCUGGAUGUAGACCCCUUCCCCACACUCCAGGCCCAGUGAGGAGCUCCUGAGGGAGUGGACCACUGUUUGAUGCGGCCUGCUGCGUGGGCAGCCACCCUCCUUCCCUCGGGUGGGUGUCUGGGCCUGACCACCAACCAUGUUCUUCAAACACUGGUCUCAUUUAAUGCACAAAGGUCACACCUUUUCUCCUUCUGUCCUGGCCCCACAGUAGUACAGGUUGCCAACCAGGUGUGAGGGAGGCUGUCCUCAUUGAGUGUGACCGGGGAUAGCCUGAUAUCUGACCAAGGCCAAAGGGCAGAUGCAGGUGCGGCAGACAUGGCAGUGGAGCUAGAAAUGCCUUAAACUGCAGCAUCCAUCCUACCAUCCCCUCCAUGCAAGCUGUGGAAGGCCAUUGAAGGCUGGUGGGGUGGCAGCCUGGCCCCUCUGCUGGGGGAAAGGGAGGCGGGAGGGAGCUGCAUGGUGUCUUGUUACUAACUCCAGUGCAUCCGUCAAACACCAUGAAAUAAAGUGUAAACACAGA